ACAAGCCGUUUGUAUGGGUUACUGUUACAUUUUCAUGUAACAUUCAAACCUUAAAACACACAUAAGUUGAAAAAAGUUAUAAUAUUGCCACUUUUAUUUAUUGCAAACUCGAUAAUUUUGAAGCGGUACACUGUAACUUUCCCCCCUUGCGGUUAAUCACUCAGUUUUUUUUGUUUUUUUUAAUGUGUACUUCCGCGUACAAUGUUAUUUUUUUCUUCCCACUGACACACGGCAACUUCGAACAGGAAACCUAUUAGACGUCUCGCCUGUCGUUUUCUCUGUAUUUACGGCAGGGUGUGUCUGGACCUCAGUGCUCUAACCCAGCCAUGAGCAUCAUCGGGGCUGAGGAUGAGGAUUUUGAAAACGAUCUGAAUGAGCUCGUGGAGGACCACUCCAACACCUUUGACAACAUAGAGCAGUUGAAGAAUCGGCCGACCCACCUGCUGGUUUUCCUGCAACAUGUCAUUCUGCAGUUUGACCCUGCUCCCCUGCUCUGUUACCUCCAUGCUGAACUCUUCAAAAACCUCAGUGCCAAAGAGACCAAAAAGCAGUUUGGGGAUUUUUACACAACCUUCUUGGACAAGGGUGCAGUUCUGAAAGUGGCUGUACCAUCUCACGUAAACUCUGAGUUGGACCGAUCCCGUGUAGAAGUGCUCACAGAUGAUAACCAAAAGCGCUUAGCUCAGGAGAUUCAGAGCGUCCAAGUUGCUGAAGUGGCCAAACAGUUGGAGGAUUUCAGGCAAAAGAGGAUGAUGGGUAUGACCCUCUGUGAGGCUGAGCUAAAUGACGUGGACAGCCACUAUCCCACCGACCGUGUCCCAAUGGAGAUGAAGGAGAAGUCUGUUGCUGAGAACCUCCUAGAGAAGAUGUCGGAGACACAAUCAACAGGUGCCUUUGAUGAGGAUAAAUGCCAAACCAUCUUUAAUGCUGUGGUUUUGUACAUGAAACACCUCGGGGUUAAAAACAGAGCAGCUGACAGUAAGAAGUCCAAAGUAGGUUUCUUCACUAGAAAGACUAAGCCCAAGAAUAAGGAUGACAUCCCAAAGCCCAAAAGCUCAAGAGUGUUUCCUGGUUUACAAAACUGGAUCGUUACAGUUGAGUCCAAAAUUAAAGUGGAUGAAGCAGACAGGGAUAGAGGGUCAGUUGAUCGCAGAAGCCAUGGCGUUAAAACCACCCCGAAUGACCCUGGAGUUCCCACUAUAUCGUUGAACAAGAAGCCCAGCCUAAACCCUCCUGUGCAACCUGCGGUAGAUGUUGAUUCCUCAAGCAACCACCCCACCAGCACGACUACCGUAGAGUCACACAGUGAUGCUGUCCCAAGCAAUCGUUUAGAGCUUCCAACUCUGCAAGAUGACUUGCCCUCUGGGGUUGCAGGUGGGCCGAUCGAGCCCAUCUCACCCAUCUCACCCAGUGACAUCCCCCCUGAGGAGCCUUUGGAGAAAGAAAGACGGAAGACAAGUAGGAAAGUGGCACGCAGUGAAAGUGCCCGUGUGGACCGACAGUCAUCUCGACGGCGUGGCUCUUCUCGGGCCAAACAGUCUCGCUCCCGUAGCGAUGUGGACCUGCAGCCACCCUCUGCCACGACAACAACACCUGCCCCGCUCACCCCCCAACACCUCCAUCCCCCGGAAGGACUAAGUUUAGCUCCAGAGCCUGGCCACUCCCCCACCAGCCCUUGCCCACAGGUGGAGGAGCUGGAUCCGCGGCUGCAGGAGUUUGAGUCUGAUCCACCCAACUGGAGAGAGCUGGCUUCUCCCGAGGCUCUGUCCAAACUGACCAAGAAGGAGGUCAAGAUGCAGGAAGUCAUCAAUGAGUUGUUUACGACAGAGCACGCACAUGUGCGAAUGCUGAGUGUCCUUCAGGUGAUCUUUGUUAGACCGUUGGAGAGAGAAGAGCUUCUCACAUCAACCGAGCUGGCUGCCGUCUUCCCCAACCUCGAUGAGAUCACUGAAAUGCACAGUAACUUCUACGAGAGCCUUAAGAAACAGCGUUUGGAAAACAACUUCAUAGUUAAAUCCAUCAGCACCACAGUGCUCAACAGAUUUGGUGGUACAGAGGGGGAGUGGUUCCAGAAACUGACAGCCCGGUUCUGCAGCCACCAGUCAUGGGCCCUGGACCAGAUCAAGACCAGGCAGAAGAAAGAUCCACGUUUCAACAUUUUCAUACAGGAGGCAGAGAGUAAGCCCCAGUGCCGCAGGCUGCAGCUCAAGGACAUCAUUCCCAUAGAGAUGCAGAGGCUGACCAAGUACCCAUUGCUGCUGGAGAAUAUUGCAAAGAACACAGAGGACCUAACAGAGAAGGCAGCGAUUGAGAAGAGUGCAGAGUGUUGCAGAAAGAUCCUCAACCACGUCAACGAGGAAGUCAAAGUGAUGGAAAACCUGUUGACUCUGAGGGAAUACCAGCGUAAAUUAGACACAUCAGGACUGAAACCCAGUAAUGAGCUUUAUAGUGAAUAUAAGAACAUUGACUUGACUCAGAAGAAGAUGCUUUAUGAAGGACCGCUGAUUUGGAAAGUCACCAAAGAAAAGGCUGUUGAUGUGCAGUGUGUGUUGCUUGCGGACUUACUGGUGCUUCUCCAGAAGCAGGAUGACAAGAUGGUUCUCAAAUGCCAGAGUAAGAGUAACAUUGCAGCACAGGAGGGCAAGCAGAUGCUGAGCCCAAUUAUUAAGCUGAACUCAGUCUUCCUCCGUGAUGUGGCCACAGAUCGAAAGGCUUUCUACGUGAUAUUUACCUGGGAAAGCGGCGCUCAGAUUUAUGAACUAGUGGCUCAGUCUGUUGGAGAAAUGAAAAGUUGGACUCAAGUGAUAAAGAAAUCAGUGGAUGACCUGAAGAAGAGCGGCAACGCACCGAUGAAGUUGACGGUGGCUCCUGGAGGUGUAGUUGGAGGACCUCCCUUCAGUCCCAUCAGUCUGAAUGCCCCUAUGAGCCCAAUUGAGAAUGGAUCUUUGAAAAGCAGCACCGAUCAAGAUAAGGACAACUUGAAAGAUGAAAAGUCAACCGAUCCCAGGCACAGGCUGAUUGAUUUCCUGUCUGACAAAGGGUUUGACUUGAUAGGCCACACCAAAAACGAUCAGGAGAAAGUGGCUAACAGUGCAUUAGAUGAAGUCAUGUCCCUGAAAAGGCUGCUGAUCGGCAGCAUCAGUCUAUCAGAGGAUUCACAACCUGAUGAAGAAAACGAAGAAGGGCAAUCAGAGAGCCCUGGGCAAAAUGUGGAACAGCAUCAGUCAACAGAUGAAAGUCAGACCACGAACGAAGUAGCUGAGGAGACGAACCCCAUGAGUACAGACAAAGAAGGUCAAAACCCAAAAGGAGACGAUGAGAGCAUCAGCGCGCCCCUGGUGCUGUCCCAGGAGAGGAAGGAGGAAGUGUGCAGGAGGCUACGCAGCCUGGAGGAACAACUAAAGAGACUACAGACUGUAGAAGAGGAACACCACAAGCUGCAGGAAGCCCUUUCCAAGUUCUCACUGGAGGGGGGCAGCUUCCAGUGACCCACCUUAAUGCCUCCUGCUGGCCGUUAGGUUUUGACUGGUGCUGGUUUGGACUGAGUGACUUUCAGAGGCUUUCCUGGAAAUUCCUAUACCGUCAUACAUCUAUGACCAGACCAUCGAUACAUUUCUUUUUCUUCCCCCUCUUGCGUGUGUGUGGGUGUAUGUGUGUAUGUGUGUGGGUGUGUAUGUCAGCUGUUUGCAGCCAAUCAGAAGUUUUAUUUUGGGGGGGUUUUUUCUCCUUUUACCAAUUGGCCAUUUAGGGAAGGGCUUUGUGCACAGUGCAGUGGUUCAGUAAUGGAACAUGGGAGGUGUGUAUGUGUGCGUGCAUGCUGGAUAGAGGGCUAUACAAAAAAAGAAAAAAACAAUGCUAAAUUGGGGUUUGAGGAUGCUGUUAGUGAGAGGUGCCAAAAGAAAUGAAGCAAUAUUUUGCUGUUAGUGAGUUGCUGCCUAAGAAAAUAUAGUGAUUUGAGUCUGCUGUAACACACAUACGCAAACCAGAAACAUGCAUGAUGGAAAAUAAUUUACAGUAAUGCCAAAUUCAAAUGUACAGUAAAAGAGAGAGCCUUAAAUGGCCAAUGUAGCAUUAGGUCUAUUGAAAUACUACUACUGAUAUAUAGUGUUAUUUCUAGUCUAUGCCAAAGUAAAACAGAGAUGCACUUUUAAUCAAAACAAGAUGAACGCACACAGUUAUUGCUAAUUUUGUUACUUUUAGCUCUGUAUUCUGUAUGGUUAUUAAGGCAGCCCUCAUUAUUGAAACGAUGCAUGCAAGAAAGUGUGUGUAUGUGUGUUACAAAUUUUUUAAUUAAGGAUAUAUUUCUUUGGAUGAUUCUUACUGUAAUUAGGUCACAUAAAAAUCAUUUAUAAAUAGUGGCAGUAUAAGUAAUCUUGCUGUUAAUAGUGGAGAUUUGUUUGUAUGUACCGCUUUUAUUUAUUCCCUUGAGUCCUUGUGUGUCAGUGAGCUUCUUCACCUGAGUGAAGCUGAUACAAUGCCAGGCCAGAAACAAAAAGCGAUGUGCAAAUGUCGGACAGGACAAACAAAAGCGAAGCUUGCGUGUGUAGAGCAGAUUAGAGUGGAAUAGAAAAGUGAAAGAACUGGCAACUGGUUUCAAGGUGGUUGCUUCUUAGAUACCUUUAACUUGAUGGUCAUGAGAGAGUAGAAAGUAGGAGAUUAGGAUUUGCGCCCCUAUAUUAAAAAACAAAAAAAUACAGAAAAAUUUAUAUAUAUGAAAUAUAUAGAGAGCUCAGUAUUACCACGCUCAUAUCAUUUCAGAAGUUUCAACUUAGCUUUAGAAAGGGUUCCUAAAUGCUCAUCCAAAACACUUUAGUUGGGGUUAUACUUUUCGGCGUAUUAUGAGAUCAGAUUGAUUUAAAAAAAAAAAAAAUCUGUUCAUCUCUGGUAUAUUGAAAAUUUGAGCUAUGGUGAUAUUUUAUUGAGCAGUUGACUAUGGUAAUAUAAUUUCUGAUCUGUGGCGUAACUGGGGCUGUGCACACAGGACCAAAGAAGUAACAGCAAACCGCUAGAUCCUCAUUUGUACAUUAGCUUUAUUAGUGACGUGCAUCAUCUGUGUAGUAGCGUGUCACAAAAUGUUGAUGCAGGAAUGGUGGCUCAGUAAUGCAGUCUGGAAUCAGCAGCUGCUUUUCUUCACCCCAAACACGAAGGGAUUUGAAAAGCACAUUGAAUAAUAAAAACACAAUUUUUUUUAAAGUUAAUGUAAAGAAAAUACCAAGAUGAAAAAUGUUAGAUUAUUUGGGAUUAGUCAUAAGACAUUAACAAUCUAUAGGACUGGGAAGUUUAACAUUGAACAAAAAAGUUGCGCUAUAGAGGAUUUAGAGACGCACCGCACACGCCCCUGGUACUAAGCUGAACAUAUGGGGCUGAUACUGACACAGCAGCAAUACUGCAGCCAGAUGAGGACACAAAGGAAAUGCUGAAGGUCUGGAGGAAGGAAAACUGUAGACUCACUCCAACAUCACUCUUACCAGCACUAUAAUCAGGAGCACUUCCUGACAUGCAUUCUUAUUGUUGUUGUUGCCACAACAACAAAUGCCACCUUUGAACCUACUGAACCUCACCGGGUUUGCUCAUUUUGAUCACUUAAGUGUUCAUAGUCUUCAAAAACUAUAUAUGAUUCUAGCAUCUCUCUCCAUGUAUUGCUCUUUGGAAGUGUAUAUAAAUGUAGUUUGAAGGCAAAAAAAGACAAAGACAAAAAAAUAAUAAUAGCUCCCCUCUGUGUGUUAAGCUUUUUUUUUUUUUUUUUUUUUUAGCUACACACUCUUCUUCAUAACACACUCACACCUUUUAAUUGCGUAAUCACUUGUUUCUACUGCACAGUUUUAUCCCACAUUUUGUGUAUUGAGUCACUUAAGUAGGUUGGGGAGGGAGUAUUUUCCACAGAGGCUUUUGUAAUUAUUUACUAUGCAUUUUCCACAAUGGUGAGAGAGGCAGGACUUGCCUGUAACUUGUCUUUGCAGUUUUAUGAUUGUGAAUCAAUUGAAAGAAAAAAUAUUCAGUGCCAACCAGCUCUGUCCUCAGGCUACCCACAGUGCUUUUCAAUUUUUAUUAAUGUAGGUGGUAGGCAGUUGGAGUCUAGCUACCAACAGCAUCAGCUGAUUCCUUCAGUCUCCACUGGCUCAACAACUACGACAGGCACUUCUCGCGCUCUCUCCUUUAAAUGCUUUUCCUCAUGUAUUCCAUAUACAAAAUGUAUAGAAAACUUUAUUUAUAGAGUGGUGCCUUGUUCUAACGAUCAAGUUGUUUGCUUCAUAAAGGACUCUUUAGUUGAACACAAUCACUGCUGUGUGUGUACCUCAAUGAGAAACAUGACUAGUAAGCAGAGAAAAAUCAUGCCAGGAUUCUGGUUGGGUGGUUUAAGGUUUGAGGGUUGUUUCUAUAUGUAGAUUAAACUUGGGCUUCAUCACACUAUUUUUGUGUCCAUCUCUAUCCCGUAGUGAGGAUGUAAGCCCUCUACCAACUCAGCCGACCAGUGCCCAGUAUAUUAAAAAAACAAAAUAGACACUGCUCCAUGCCAUACUGGUGUUUGCCAUCUUAUCUAUAAACAUUGUAUAUGCAAGAACUAUACUGUGUAUUUGGGUUUGAUUUUUAUUGUGUAAGAUGCUCUUUAAUGAUGUAUACCUAAAGAAAUUUGUGGUACGCUCUGUUUUUUUAUUUCUUUUCUCUCUUUUUUUUAAUAAACUGGGGAAAUUUU